GACCGCCGCCGCGCCGCGCCGCGCCGAGGCAGGGCAGGGCAGGGCAGGGCAGGGCAGGUCGCUGCUGGGCCAGUGCUGCGGCAGCGGCGGAGGGGCGGCCCGGCCCGGCCCCGCUGGGCGGGCGGGCGGACAGACGGACGGACGGACGGACCCACCGACAAACCGACUGACAGACGGACGGCGAGGCUUACGGGGGAGCAGCCCCAUGGCUCUGGAUUUAUAAACACGGCGCAGAUGGCGGGGCCGGGCCCCCGCGCCGAGCGCUGCCCCGCCGGCCGCUGAGGCGGGAGGCUGAGGCGAGGCGCGGAGGGAGCGGCGGCGGCGGCGAUGGGGGGCGGCAGCUGCCGGCGGGAUUAGUUGUUGCGUGACGUGGAAAACACACACAUGAUGAAGAGGAGCUCUCAGCUCUCCUAAUCCUUCGUCGGUGAUUUGGAAGCAGCGACCGUCGCGCCUGCUCUUUCGACAUGUCUGGAUCUACACAGCCCGUGACGCAGAGCUGGCGUGCUGCUGAGCCCCGCUACCCCCCGCAUGCCAUGUCCUAUCCGGUUCAGAUUGCUCGACCACAUGCGGACGUCGCGCUGUUGGAGUACCAGCAUCAUUCCAGGGAUUUUGCUUCCCACCUCCCGCCGGGGUCUAUCAUGCAGCCGCAGCGGCGGAGGCCGUCCCUGCUCUCUGAGUUCCAGCCAGGCAAUGAAAGAUCUCAGGAGCUGCACCUGAGAACCGAGGCGCAUUCCUAUCUCUCUGACCUGGCAAAGCCGUCGGACUUGGAGUUCAUUGAAACCAAGAGACCACGUCUGGAUCUGCUGCAGGACCCCCUGAUGCGGCACUCGCCUCUCCUGAACCAGAGCCAGCAGGGAGGGACAGAGGACCUCUCAAAGGAUCGUGGCCUGCCUGGCAAACUGGAGCCCGUGUCGCCUGUGAGCCCUGCUCACCCCGACACUGAGCUGGACCUGCUGCCAGCCCGGCUGUCAAAGGAGGAGCUCAUUCAGAACAUGGACCGCGUGGACCGCGAGAUCACUAUGGUGGAGCAGCAGAUCUCCAAGCUGAAGAAGAAGCAGCAACAGUUGGAGGAAGAAGCAGCCAAACCACCAGAGCCUGAAAAACCCAUCUCUCCUCCUCCUAUCGAGUCCAAACAUCGCAGCUUGGUGCAAAUCAUCUACGACGAGAACAGGAAGAAGGCAGAGGCUGCCCACCGGAUCCUGGAAGGACUGGGUCCCCAGGUGGAGCUGCCAUUAUACAACCAGCCUUCAGACACCAGGCAAUACCAUGAAAACAUUAAAAUAAACCAGGCAAUGCGGAAGAAGUUAAUUUUGUACUUUAAGAGGAGAAAUCAUGCUCGCAAACAGUGGGAACAGAAGUUUUGCCAGCGCUAUGACCAGCUGAUGGAGGCCUGGGAAAAAAAAGUGGAGCGCAUCGAAAAUAACCCCCGGCGCCGUGCCAAGGAGAGCAAAGUGCGGGAGUACUAUGAGAAGCAAUUCCCAGAGAUCCGGAAGCAGCGGGAACUGCAAGAGCGCAUGCAGAGGUUAGAGGAGAAGCGCAGGGUAGGACAGAGGGGCAGUGGCGGGCUCUCCAUGUCAGCCGCGCGCAGCGAGCACGAGGUUUCAGAAAUCAUCGACGGGCUCUCAGAACAGGAGAACCUGGAGAAGCAGAUGCGCCAGCUCGCUGUCAUCCCACCCAUGCUCUACGAUGCUGACCAGCAGCGCAUUAAAUUCAUCAACAUGAACGGUCUCAUGGAUGACCCCAUGAAGGUCUACAAGGAUCGGCAAGUGAUGAACAUGUGGAGCGAACAGGAGAAGGAGACCUUCCGGGAAAAGUUCAUGCAGCAUCCAAAGAACUUUGGCCUGAUUGCAUCCUUUCUGGACAGGAAGACGGUAGCAGACUGUGUCCUGUAUUACUACCUAACCAAGAAGAAUGAGAAUUACAAGAACCUUGUAAGAAGGAAUUACCGGCGGCGUGGGAAGAGCCAGCAGCAGCAGCAAAUGCCCCGGAGCAGCCAAGAAGAGAAAGAUGAAAAAGAGAAAGAAAAGGAGAAGGAGGGAGAGAAGGAGGAAGACAAGCAGGAAACAGAGAAUGACAAAGAAGAACUGACAAAGGACAAAAACGACGACACGUCUGGGGAAGACAACGAUGAGAAAGAAACGGUCACCUCCAAAGGUCGCAAAACCGCCAACAGCCAGGGCAGGCGCAAAGGCCGCAUCACCCGCUCCAUGGCGAAUGAAGCCAACAACGAGGAGGCGGCUGCCCCGCAGCAGAGCGCGGAGCUGGCUUCUCUGGAGAUGAAUGAAAGCUCUCGCUGGACCGAAGAGGAGAUGGAGACAGCUAAAAAAGGUCUCCUUGAGCAUGGGCGGAACUGGUCAGCCAUUGCCAGGAUGGUGGGCUCCAAGACCGUGUCACAGUGCAAAAACUUCUACUUCAACUACAAGAAGAGGCAGAACCUGGAUGAGAUCCUACAGCAGCACAAACUGAAAAUGGAGAAAGAAAGGAAUGCCAAGAGAAAGAAGAAAAAAGGCACUGCAGUUCAGAACGAAGAAGCUGCUUUCCCUCCUGCAGCCGAGGACGAGGAGAUGGAGGUGUCAGGGACGAGUGGCAACGAGGAGGAGAUGGCUGAGGAGGCGGAAGCUGCAGUAAAUAACAGCUCCGACACUGAGAGCAUUCCCUCGCCGAGGCCCGAAGCCAAAGAAGGAGGCGAAAACGGAGCCAAGGCACCACCCGGGCCAGGAGGUGACUCCAGCGCAGAACCAGCAGUCAAGUUGGAAGAGGCUCCAACACCCCCUGACGAUCCCCCUGCUCCCCCCGCCAACCCCACUCCUGCCACCAGCCCUCCACCGGAGGCAGCUCCUGAGCCGCCCACCAGCGAGGAGAAGGUACAGGAGGACCUGGUGGUGGACGUGGUGAAAACGGAGGAGCCAGAGGAGAAGGUGAGCGAAGAACCCUGCAAGAGCGAGGUGAAGAAGGAGGAGAGUGAAGACAGCCAGGAGAAGGAUAAGGGGAAUGACAAGAAAGCGGAAAGCAGCGUCAGUGGCGGAGGGACAGCAGGGACGGAAGGGACACCCAAGGCUGAGAAGAAGGAGAGCCAUAAAGGCAGUAAAGGCGCCGGGGUGAACCCCGACAGCGACUCCAGCGCGACCUGCAGCGCAGACGAGAUGGACGAGCAGGAUGCUGUGGACAAGAGCAGGUUGCUGUCCCCUCGGCCCAGCCUGCUCAACACCGCCAGCGAUGCCAGGCUGAACUCCUCGCCACAGAAGCCACUGGACCUGAAGCAGCUGAAGCAGCGUGCUGCUGCCAUCCCUCCCAUCAUUUCUGAAGGUUUCUCGGAGGGGAUAUUGCAGAGUGGAAGUGUGAAGCCUCAGGUGCCUCCCCAUGCCUUGGCCCUCUACCAGCAGCAGAUCACAAAAGCCCACGAAUCUGCCCGCGAGGAGAUGCCCCCAAGCAAGCUAUCGCAGUCCCAGCAGCAGCAGGCUGAGAAGGAGCAGCAGCCACCAAGCAGCAGUCCCAGGGGAAAGAGCAGGAGCCCCGCUGUUGGUGACAAGGAAGAAAAGUCUGCGCAUUUCUCAUCCAUCACAGAGGCUCAGAAGCUGAGCGCGGAGGCAACGGCCGCCUCGUGCUGGCCCCCUGUCCUGUCCUACUCCCGGGAUGUGAUAAAAACCUCUCCUCAAGCGGAGCCCCACUUGUUUCAGUAUAACCCACCAGGACACCCCAUCCCGCUAAACCUGCAUGAGAGCUCUCGCUCAGGGCUGCAGAGACUAGUGAGCAUCUCCAACCCUCCUCCCCUCAUCUCCUCCACCAAGCACCCCUCUGUGUUGGAGAGACCCGUCGGAUCCAUUUCCCAGGGCAUGCCCAUCCAGCUCCACACUCCCUACAGCUCCGAGCACGCCAAGGUCCCUGUUGGCUCCAUCACCAUGGGCCUGCCGCUGACCAUGGAUCCCAAGAAACUGGUGCCUUUUCCCGGAGUCAAGCAGGAACAACUUUCUCCUAGAAGCCAGGCCAGCCAGCCAGAAAGUCUGGUUCUGCAGCCAUCCCAGGAGGGCUCCAUCCUGCGGGGUACUUCCCUCAGCUCUGCCUCCGGAGGGAGCAUCACCAAGGGAACACCCACAUCCAGACCCCCUCCAGAGUCACCCAUCACCUACCGAGGAUCCAUCACACACGGCACCCCGGCAGAAGUGCUGUACAAAGGAACCAUUACCAGGAUAAUAGGAGAAGACAGCCCCAGCAGAGCAGAGAAGGCGAGAGAGGAUGCCAUGCCCAAAGGCCAUGUCAUCUACGAAGGGAAGAAAGGGCACGUGCUGUCCUACGAGGGUGGAGUUGCUGCUUCUCAGUGUCCCAAAGAAGACAGCAGGAGCUCAGGAGCUUCGCAUGAGACCACAGGAACCAAGCGGACCUACGAUAUGAUGGAGGGGAGGAUCAGCCGGGGCUUAUCAGCCCGUGAUACCUUAUCUGCUAGCAUUGAAGGUCUCAUGGGUCGAGCAAUCCCUCCAGACCGACACAGUCCCCAUAACCUGAAGGAGCAGCAUCACAUGCGGGGCUCGAUUACACAAGGAAUACCUCGGUCCUACGUGGAGGCCCAUGAGGACUACCUCAGAAGAGAAGCCAAACAGCUCAAGAGGGAAAACACUCCACCGAGGGACUUACCUGAUGCCUACAAGGUCAGGUCUCAUGAGGGCCUUACUCCUCUGAAAAUGAAACCAGCCCAUGAAGGCCUGGUAGCCACGGUGAAGGAAGCGGGAAGAUCAAUCCAUGAGAUUCCUCGGGAGGAGCUGAGGCGGACACCAGACAUCUCUCUGACAAGACCUCUGAAGGAAGGCUCCAUCACACAGGGUACCCCAUUGAAGUACGACAGCAGCUCUUCUUCCUCAAGUACCAAAAAACAUGAUGUACGGUCCAUCAUUGGCAGUCCCGGCAGGACUUUUCACUCUGUGCACUCACUGGAUGUCAUCCAAGACCCAAGGAAUCUGGAGAGAGCUUAUGAAGAAAGCCUGAAAAACAGGCCAAGCCCAGUGACAAACUCGGGUGGCUCCAUUGCCAGAGGGGCUCCUGUGAUUGUACCCGAGCCAGGCAAGCCCCACCAAAGUGCCCUCGCCUACGAGGACCACCAGGCAGGGCACAGCACGGCGUUCGGCAGCCACUUGCACAGAGGGUCUCCGGUCUCCACACGGGAGUCCACGCCACGGCAGCACGAAGGGAGCAUCACUGCUGGGAAGCCGGUGUCCCAGGACAGAAAGAUCACCCCCUCAUCGAGAGACCUCACCAACUCCAAGUCUCCGCACGCCCCCGUGGCUGACCACCACCACCCCAUCUCCCCAUACGAGCACCUGCUCCGUGGUGUGAGCGGGGUCGACCUGUACCGAGGACACAUCCCGCUGGCUUUUGACCCCGCCGCCAUCCCAAGGGGAAUCCAACUGGAAGCAGCUGCUGCAUACUACCUGCCAAGGCAUCUGCCUCCAAGCCCCACGUACCCCCCUCUCUACCCACCGUACCUCAUCCGGGGCUACCCAGACACAGCCGCCAUGGAGAACCGGCAGACCAUCAUCAACGACUACAUCACGUCCCAGCAGAUGCACCACAACGCCGCAGCCACGGCCAUGGCACAGCGGGCGGACAUGCUGCGUGGCUUGUCGCCCCGGGAGCCCUCCCUCGCCCUCAACUAUGCAGCAGGCAUCAUCGACCUGUCCCAAGUGCCACACCUGCCCGUCCUCGUGCCCCCCACCCCCGGCACCUCCGCCACCACCAUGGACCGCAUCACCUACAUCCCAGGACCCCCCCAGACCUUCGGCAGCCGGCACAGCAGCUCCCCGCUCUCCCCAGGAGGCCCCACGCACAUGACCAAACAGUCAGGAUCGUCGGUGUCUGAGCGGGAACGGGAGCGGGAACGGGAGAGGGAGCGUGAAAAAUCCAUCCUAGCGUCCACCACGGUGGAGCAUGCACCCAUCUGGAGACCAGGUACAGAGCAGUCCAGCAGCCGUUCAUCCUCACACUCUCACAGCCACCAGCACUCUCCCGUCUCGCCCCGCACCCACGAGACCAUCCAGCAGCGCCCCAGCGUGCUCCACAACACGAGCAUGAAGAUCAUCUCCUCGGAGACCCCCACCCCUUCCGUCCUGCGAUCCUCCUCCACCACUACCACGUCGCCGAUCCGCUCCACUGCCUUCCCCUCAGCCUCCAUCCUGCGCUCCUCCAUCAGCACGGCGGAUGGCUACGCGGCCCUGAUGGACCCAGCCGUCCUGCAGAAAGAGGCCUCGAGGGCGCGGGAAGCCAAGGCAGAACGACCCCAGACUGACAACAACGUCUUCACCUCAAAGCUGCCCAGUGGGGCCAACCUCGAACAGUCGCCUUCACCCAUAAAAGCCAUGGAGUCGAGACCUUUACCCGCCUCCGGACCUGGUUCUUCUCAUCACUAUAGCAGGGGACAGGGGAAAAGCCAGCAGCACCACCACCCUCUGGACCAGCAGCACGCAGCCUCGGGCCCUGAGCAGCACAGUAGAGAAAAGAGUCAAAGUAAACCCUUUUCAAUGCAGGAACAGGAGCUCCGAGCACUCGGUAAGACCACCACGACAGCGGCCAACUUCAUAGAUGUGAUUAUCAUGCGCCAAAUGUCUUGCGAUAAGGGGCAGCGAGAAAGAGGCUCGCUAAGUAACGACUCCGCUAGUGAUGGCUUUCAUGGAGGCUACAGCCCUGAGCGGAUGGAAGCAGUGAGUCCCGUGAGUUCACCCAGCCUGUCCCAUGAGAAAGGGGCCAAGCUGCUGCAGGAUGCAGAAAAGGGGCACGGAGAGCAUGACCUGAGGCAGAAACAGCAAGGCUCGCUGAAGGCUUCGGCUCCCGAAGCAGCCCACCUGCAGCACCUCCGGCAGCCCGACGGCCCCCAGCCCCAGUGCCAGCCCCUGCAGUCCAGCCAGAGCAUCAAGGGCAUGAACCAGCGGGUGGUCACGCUGGCCCAGCACAUCAGUGAGGUCAUCACGCAGGACUAUACACGCCAUCACCCACAGCAGCUCAACUCCCACAUCCAGACCCCAGUGUACUCCUUCCCUGGGGCCACAUGCCCCGUGCUGGACCUGCGCCGUACCCCCAGCGAGGCGUAUCUGCAGCAGCAGGAACAUGCAGCGGCCUCCAGGAUCUCCCCGCAGAACGAAGGCGGCAAAAGGUCCCCAGAGCAGAGCAAAGCCUCGGCCGGGAGCGGGUCAGACAACUGUAUCGAGCCAGUCUCUCCACCAGACGGCGUGGGAGAAUCGGAGCACGCCAAGAGCGCCACGUACCCGAUCCUGUACCGUGAGGGCGAGCAGAUAGACCAGAGGAUGGGGUCCAAGUCCCCAGGAAACAACACUCAACCUCCAGCUUUCUUCAGCAAGCUGACUGAGAGCAACUCUGCCAUGGUGAAGUCCAAGAAACAGGAGAUCAUCAAGAAGCUCAGCACAACCAACAAAAAUGAAACAGAGUACAAUGUUGGGCAGCCUGGAACAGAGAUUUUCAAUAUGCCGGCGAUUACUGGAGCAGGGCUAAUCAGUUGUAGGAGCCAGUCGGUCCAAGAGAAUUCCAGUACCAACAUGGGGUUGGAGGCAAUAAUUAGGAAAGCCCUAAUGGGUAAAUAUGACGAGCAGUGGGAAGAGCGCUCACCUCUCAGUGCCAAUGCUUUUAACUCUCUGAAUGCCAGUGCAAGCCUGCCCGCUGCUAUGCCCAUAACUCCUGCUGAUGGACGAAACGAGGACGUGCGCUCCUUGCCAGGAGGAGGGGGGAAGCCAAAGAUCGCUGCUAGACCCAACAGCCGCAAGGCCAAGUCCCCUGCGCCAGGUCUGUCCUCGGGUGAGCGGCCGCCCUCUGUCUCCUCGGUGCACUCGGAGGGGGACUGCAACCGGAGGACGCCCCUCACCAACCGUGUCUGGGAGGACAGGCCGUCGUCCGCAGGUUCGACGCCGUUCCCCUACAACCCGCUCACCAUGCGGCUGCCCAGCGGGGUGGUGACGACAGCCCCCGCCGCCCCCCUGCCGCAGGGGGCCCCCGGCAGCCAGCACCACGCCUGGGACGAGGAGCCCAAGCCCCUGCUCUGCUCCCAGUAUGAAACCCUUUCGGACAGUGAAUGAAGUGAGCCAGGGGCAGGGAGACGGCGACCAAACCCAGGGCGCGGGGAGUGAGCGGGACGCCCAGGGCGAGCACCCACCGCCCCGGCCCCGCUGGCUCUCACGAGCGAAGACGCAGGAGCAGAGCUGUUUUAUUUUAAACUUUUCCUUUUCUUUUCCUUCCCCUCCCAACCAGCCGAUUUGAGGGGAUGGAUUUUUUUUAUUUUAUUUUUUUGUUUUGUUUUGUUGUUUUUUUUUCUUUCUCAACACCUGGAAAUUCCUGCAUCCUCUUCAGUCUGAAAAAAAAAAAAAAAAAGAAAAGAAAAAAGCCUUAAUGAGACAAAACCCAAGGAACCCGUCUUCGAUCUUGGCAGCCUUGCCGGGCGGUGACCCCCGCGCUCAAGGGGGACUGCGAGCGGCCGCGCGCCCGAAGCGCCCACGUCCCGGGGCCGCGCGUGCUCGGACGCUCUGCCGGCGCGCUCCCGCGGAGUCGAGUGGGGGCCGUGGGAUGCUGCCGCGCAUCCCGGCCGUGGGGCUGUGCUGCAGAAAUGCAAAGCCUUGAGCGGGUUAAAGGAAAAAAAAAAAAAAAGUUUAAGCAGUGAAAUAGGACGGAACGCCCCGGUUUGGUUCCCCCGCAGCUGAUCUGAGGGCUGGCAGCUCGUCGCACCCACGUCACACGACGUAUCGGCCCCGGAGGAGUCUCCACGUGCUUCAGAUGUGGCUGGGAUGAGCGGGCAGGGGGGGGAGUGAAGAGCUAUUUCUUAAAAAAAACAAAAAAAAAAAAAAAAAAAAAACCACAAACAAAACAAAAAAUCCUGGUCCCUUUGGUGGAAGCGAUCCCGGGCUUAAAUCGGAGCAGGCAGGGAUGACCCUGGGCUGGCUCGCACGCUGCCCACGGAGGGGCUCGGUGGCUUUAAGUGCAUUGUUUUCUGAAUGGUGAGAAAAGGCAAUUGUAAAUUGUAUUGGUCUACAGGGUAUAUUUUUGAUACCUUCAGUGAAUUAUGUCAAUAUUUUACGCAAGGAAGGACUUAAACAAAACACAGUGUUACAUGCUGUAAAAGAGGUUCUGUUCUUACAUGCAGGCUUUGAUGCGUUUGUCCAUUGUAUGGAAGAGUUUAAAAAAAAAAAAAAGGAGGUAACAAUGAUCCAUCAAAGUUAUCCGUAAGUCAGAGAAUGUAUGAACUCAGUUUAAAGGAAAAAAAAAAAAUCUGCCGUGGUUGCAGGGCCCCCCGUUACACACACCUUUGCUGAGUCAGCAGAAAUCAUUUGCUGGUUGUGGACGUGGAUCCUCCGGAGCCCUCCGAGCUGGCUGGGUGCAGGGGCAGAGCGGGCAGGAGGCUGGCGUGGCAGGGAGUUCACAGGAAACUUAAAAAAAAAAAAAAAAAAAAAAAGAAAAAAAAAAAAAAGGAAAAAAAAGUUUUUAUUGUAUUUUUGUGAUACACACGAAUGCUCUACUUUACAUUAUUUUUUUCAUUCCAUGAUGUUGGCUCAUAUCUGCAGUUACAUGGUUAAAGAACAAAAUAUUAGACCUUUUUUUCAUUCACUUCUGCUUUAUUGCUCUGGGGGAAAAAAGAAAAAAAAAAACCACAAAAUGGCAAAAAAAGCCCACAGAAAUAUGUAUUAAAUGCUUUGCAUUCUAUACGCUAGAGGAGCCCAGAGCAUGGCACAGACUUUCUGCCUCUGCGGCUGCCGGGUGGCCGCCAGCCCCCGCGGCCUCCCGCAGCCCCCGCGGCCGGCGCGUGGGGCCGGCGCCGGCACCUCCCCGACGGAUCUUUCUUUUCCCCCUGCAACGUUCCCAGGUUGAUUCUGAUUUCAAAGCAAGAGAAUGACGGUGGUGUUGUUUGUUUGGGGUUUGGUUUUUUUUUUUUUUUCUGUUGGGUUUUUUUGGUUUUUUUACAAUGUACAGGUUUUUAAUGUUCAUCGAUGUUUGUGUCUUUUCUGUUGUGCUUUUUUUUUUUUUUUUUAAAGAAAAAAAAAUCCGAGACAAUGCACAAGCAAUGUGGAAGUCUUUCCGUUCCCAGGUUAUUGCUGCUGGUGUCUCCGUGGCUCUGAGAUGUAAAAACUAACAGAGCUGAUGUCUGGGCAUAAUGCUAUUAAAGUGUUGCAGAUUUUGCUGGGAAAAAAAAAAAAAAAAAAAAUCCAAAUCCGACCCAUCUUCAAAGCCGCCUCCUUAACCUUUUCGGUUAGGAAUAAAAAAAAAAACAACCCACAGCAAAGAAUAAAGUUCCCACUUGGCACAGUA